AUGAAAGAGGCACAGUACGAUGACCUUGAAUUGCAAGACAUAAUGCGCAAUAUCAAGAAUCACAAGAAAUAUCUCGUUCAAAAUGACAUAUUAAUUCGCCGAGCCUUUCCUCCAGUUUCAUACGUUACAAAAAGUGGAUAUCGGUCAAGCAUUCUCAAAAUCUAUCAUGAUACAUCAGCUAAUGGAGCACAUUUUGGUCGUGGAAGAACAAUUGACAAGAUCAAUAAACGUUAUUUUUGGCCCUCUAUGAACAAGGACAUCGAAAAUUAUGUGCAGUCCUGCAUUCCUUAUGCUCAAUUUGAUCCUCGUCGUCAAAAAGCUCCCGGUGCAUUAAAGCCCAUUAAACCUCCAGAUGAAGUCUGGCAACUGUUAACGAUGGAUUUCCAUGGUCCCUUCUCACCAACAUCAAAACGUGGCAACAAAUACAUCAUCUCGCUCGCUGAUGUCCUGUCCUAA